GAAAUUUUCAACUUAGCGGACAUUUUGUGAUGAACAAUUCCUUCAACUCAUAAAUUUUUCGUUUUCAAGCAGCUGGAAACAUGUCAGAGAACUAUGAUUUCCUAUUUAAGUUUUUGGUGAUCGGCAGCGCUGGAACAGGAAAGUCGUGCAUUCUACAUCAAUUUAUAGAGGGGAAAUUCAAGCAAGACUCCAGCCACACUAUUGGUGUAGAAUUCGGCUCCAAGGUAGUCAAUGUUGGUGGCAAGUCUGUGAAGUUGCAAAUUUGGGACACAGCUGGACAGGAAAGAUUCAGGUCUGUGACGAGGAGUUAUUACAGAGGAGCAGCAGGAGCUCUUCUGGUUUAUGACAUUUCAAGCCGUGAAACAUACAACUCUCUGACAAACUGGUUGACAGAUGCCAGAACCCUUGCCAGUCCAAACAUUGUCAUAAUCCUCAUCGGUAACAAGAAAGAUCUGGAUAGCGACAGAGAAGUCACAUUUCUGGAAGCUAGCAGAUUUGCACAAGAGAAUGAGUUGAUGUUCCUAGAGACAAGUGCUCUUACAGGAGAGAAUGUUGAAGAGGCCUUUUUAAAGUGCUCAAGAACCAUCCUCAGUAAAAUUGAAACUGGUGAAUUGGACCCAGACAGGAUGGGUUCAGGAAUUCAGUAUGGUGAUCCAUCACUCCGAAGAUCAAUACGGCCUGGGAGACAGGAAGAACGGCAGAAAUGUGCAUGCUAACCUCAAUCUCAUUCCAAUCUUACUACAGUAGUAAAGAAACCUUGUUAAGUCUGCAUAGUUAGUUGAAUACAAGACUUUUGUGGUUUAAAAAAAGUGAUGUAUGAUAGACUUGUAAUUGCAGUGGGUGCAUAAUCAUCUCCUUAAAAGCUUGAUAAAUAAUCCUGCAUGGUGAAUACAACACAUAAACCUACAAGAUAUUAUUGAAUACUCCUUUGCUCUUAAGUAAAGAUAGAUUACUGAUUCCUUGUUAACAUUUUGUAAUAAGUAUGUGUACAGCUUAGCUGCCAAUGAGUCUUGCAGUCUUAGACUUAGAAUUACAGAUCUUCUACAUUUACUGAAACACAUUGCCACCAAGGCAGUGAAGGCAAAUCAGAGGGUUGGAUGUAAAAGAAAAGGUUGCAACAUUUUCAAAUAUAACCAAUCACUGCAAAGUAGUACAGGCAAACCUUGAUUAUCCAGAGUCGUGGGGAUUUGGCUGAAAAGUUUGGAUAAUCAAAAGUUCAGAUGAUGUAAAAUAUGAAUUUUAAGGAGCCAAGACUACAACUGAGUGUGUAUCAUAUAAAUCACUGUGCAUCAUCUUUUGAAUUUUCCAAAAAUUUUUAAAAAGACAGUAAAGUUAACCAUCAACCUUAUAUGACAUAAAAUGAUGAUGUAAAUCAGUUUGUUUUAAGCUGCUUUUGUGUGUAUGUUGCUAAUUUUAUCAUUCCAUGGAGCUCCACUAAUAGAAUAGCAUUACAUUUGCUUUGUUAGAUGUGAAAAAGUUGUGACAGAUCUCACAUAUUAGGUAUGAAUAUUCACAAAAAAUGGAACCAGAGAGAUGAGUCCUGAAAAAUGAAAUCCAGAUUAUCGAGGUCUGGAUAAAGGAGGUUUGGCUAAGCAAGGUUCAACUGUACAAUUGACAUAUUUUCUGUUUUCCUGUUGAUGCUUCAGUGUUAUGUGAUCCUAUGUCUUUCAAAUGAAUAAUAUAUUCUUGCAUGCCUGUAGGUUGCCAGAGUUUAAAUGGAAGAAUACACUGGUAUCAGUUAUUACCUGACAAUGGCUGAACAAAAAAAACGUUAAACAAAGGCACAGUUACUAAAUUGCCCCUAGUAACUAGCAUUUUUAAAGUGCAUGCCGAGUUUGAAUUGUUGCAUACAAAUGCUUUACUCUCUAACAUCAGUAUGCUUAUUCUUCAUACAGUUCUCUAGUUGUUUCUUGUGGAACUGACAAAGAUAAUUUUUUUAGCAGUCAUAACCUUGUUUUGUUGGCAAUUAUUUCCUUUAAGGCCAGUUCAAGUGGCAGCAAAUUCAAAACCUAUCCAGUCAGUUCGAUUUCCUCUUGAUUGUAAUGCUCUGUAAUUCUGAUUAUGACACUUACUCCUUCUAAGUGAAAGCCAGCCUCUAGUCUUUUUACCUUGAUGUUUGAUUCAGGAAUGCUGCUUUUAGGAGAAACUAGAUGCUAGUUACCCUCAGGGGCUAAGUUUUUAUAAAACACCUGUGAAAUA